AUGCAACGCUUCUCUGCGUCGUCUGAGAAUCAAGCAACUGCCGGGCAUGGCACCCGUUGCGCAGUUAACGCUCCUCCUGCUGCGCAUCAGCUACCACGCUCUCGUUGCCCAUGCAGGGGACGAGCAGAGCUACAAGGUUCUCUCGACCAGCUCGCUGGAUCCUGGAGCCGUCUGCUCCCAGCCCAGAGGUACGCACUCGUCUCCGGCACGAUCGUCACGCGGCUGCCGCCGACGGCGUACGAGGCGCUCUCGUCGGCGUUCAAGGACGGGAUGAAACAGUACCCGCCGGCGGAGCCCCAGAGCAUCCUGAACACGUGCUUCGACUUCACGGGCCAGGAGAACAACGUCACGAUACCGUCCGUCGCGCUGGUGUUGGACGGUGGCGCCGUCGUCGACCUUGACCCGAACGGGAUCAUACUGAGCAGCUGCCUCGCGUUCGCGGCCACCGAUGACGACCGCAGCAGCGGCAUCAUCGGUAACGUGCAGCAGCGGACGUUCGAAGUGCUGUACGACGUAGGCCAGAGCGUCUUUGGGUUCCGGCCGGGAGUAUGUUGAGCGGCGCGGAGGCACGUUCAAGGAUCAUCUUGCCAUGCGCCGCAUUACCAACGACAAUGAU